GGUCGUGUCUACACAUUUCGAACGUUAUUAGUUUACUGACGCUUUUUCGCUUGUUUUUACUUAUGUGUCAUAUUUACUGUUGAUAUUUAACAGUUUAAGCGUUAGUAUUCCUGGAGUCUGUGACUCAAGGUUGAUUUUUCUUUUAUUAGGCGGGGACGUCACCUUGUUGCUGUGCAUAAGGUUAUCUUCGCCAUUUGACGCGUUUGCUGUGCAUCGCGUUGUUUGACUACUUAUCAAGCUAUGGAUGCUUAAUUGUAAACCACUGAAUUGUUGUCAAGUCACAUUCGUGUUACACUAACUGAAAGAAUCAGGUAUCGGAUUUGUUUCGAACGAUGGGCAACCAUCGGGGUAUAUUGGUUGGAAAUGGAGCUCUAUCACCGAUGAUGCUAUAUUCAUGCCAUACUGUAACGAUGUCAUCUUUUGUGCGUCGUAGCAUCCUGCUACUUGCAUUUGUUUUGGGGCUUCGUUCGGUAUCGGCGGCUGAGAUAACUGCAAGAACUUUGCACAAUGGAAUGGAUUAUUCUAAUCGUAUGCAGUUUGUCGGCUUCACCGGUUCUGUUGCCGGUUUCUUGGAGUUAUAUGACCCCUACGUUUUGGAUGAGGAACCUAGUUUCCUGGAACUUAAUAAUGGCAAAUUCUUCAAGAGAAGUAAACCUAAAUCCAAGGAGACUGAUAAAGAGUCUUCAAUACCGCUAGCACCUAAUGGCGUGAAGCAGGCUGCUGGCAACGAUGGCAAAGGUAACAAUGGACACAAGAAGAUAUCGCUUGGCAAGUCAUCCCUUACUCCUGCCACCGUCGCGGAUGCUGUUAUUACAGUUAAGAACGCGUUUAAACCUGCCAAGAAGUUUACCUUCCGCAACGUUUCGUUGGACCUUGCUGACACUCAUCUUGACUUGCGUAAUGCGAACGGCGUAGUUGUCGGCAGGUUUACAAUGAAUCACGAAGAUGGAUACACAAUGGCGCUUCUCAGUACACUCAAUCAACGUAACGCUGCUAAAUGUACUGUUAAGUGGGUUCCCGAAGUUAAGGGCAAGGACAAGAGUGAUGGCCGCAUACAUUUUGACUGCAAUGCCAAAUUACCGGCUACCGGUUAUACUGGCCAAAUUCCCAUUGCUAUCGAAAUCACUGGUUUGACUAAGAAUCGCACCCAAAGGAUUUACCUCAACACCGAUGGUUUCAACUUCCGCAAUGACUUUGAAGAUUUGGAGCACAUGCGUCACGCUAUAUUGUUAUCACUUGGCUACGACCUGGAGCACAAUGUUAAGAUAUCUAAGGUUAAUGGCCGUCGUUACAACAAUGACAAGGAGACUUACGAGGCUAUUAUGAAGCUCGUUGAAAAGGGUGCUGACACUAUUAAGCUCAUGGUUGAGCCUAUGAUUCACGUUAAGACUAACAUCCAGGAGCCUUAUUCUUCCAAUGCCGAGGGUUACAACAAGGACAUCGGUAACAUCACUAUUGCUGACUACACCAAGAUGCUAAAGGACAAGAAGCGUUUAAUGCAGAUGGCCAAUGACAACCUGGGUACUGAUGCAGGUGGUUUCACUCUUGUUGGUAUCAACGAUCUACAUGAAGGAGCUAAAGGAUUCGAUGGGAAACGCCCUUACAAGAUGCCGAUUGAGAUAGAUGAGAAGCUAACUUUUAUGCCAAAUGUCACUGUCAGGUUCCAUUAUUUGGAUACCUUCAUUAACAGUCAGUCAUUCCCAGUUCACACCGCUCUGUCGAAGGUUGUCGAUAUGGGUCGUGACAUUGUAAAGACGCACAAUGGUGGUAAAGACAAGAAGGCCUUCCGUUUGUACGCUUAUGCUCUACCUGGUUGCCCUCUUGAGGAAUCUGACGUUUAUGACAUGAUGAAGCUUCGUAAAUCCAUGAGUAUUAAUGAACUACCUUUCAGUGAAGCGUGUUUGAACCGUCGUACCCACAUCAUCAACUUUUUCUAUUUGAACAACAAGCCGGCUAAUUAUGUAUUUGAUGUUGAGUUGACCAACCCGGAUGGUUCGAAGAGUAAAAAGCACCGCAUCACCGUGAAGUACGUGAACGACGCUGAUUUGAAUACACUAAAGGAUGCUAUAGUUCGUGAGUUAGAGCGUGAAGGCUACAUGAUAACACCUGAAGAUUUGACUUUUGUUAACGUUUCUCGUGCUGACGGUGGUAACUUGACUGAUGACACUCAUAUUAUGAAGUUGGCUGAUAUUCCUAAGGAGCAGAUGAUGGGUCACGUUUCCCAUUUAGACCUGAAGGCCGACCCACAUUUGAUGGGUUACUUCACUGAGCCUAAUGGCAAACACGAUACGUUUACUUUCAAGUUGCCGAACACUCGCCCAUCUGCUUCCGAUAUUAAAAACGCUUUUGAGAACGAGUUGCAUUUGCGCAACUUAUUGAAGCCUGAUGAGCCUCUUCACACGUCGCUUAAGUUCCACCCAUUGGAUAACAAACACAAGAUUCGCAUGAAUGCGUUUGUUAACCCAGAUGAGAGCGGUCAUUUCCCAUCAGGGAUUAAACUUCGUGGCUUGGCUGCUGAAGCUGACUCUCGUUAUGAAAUUCCUAUAAGCUAUACUGGUGAUGAUGGCAAGGUACACCGAUUCAGUGUUUAUGUCCCCCGCGGAGCCACUGAUCAACAAAUAGAGGACCUAAUUGCUGAUGAGAUCCAACGCCGGAAAUACGGGGACCGUCCUCAUGAUAUGUACAUUCGCAUGAAGGGUCAUGAAGACGCUGGUUUGAAUGGUUUAUGGGAUGACUUCAAUGACAAUAUGGAGUUCUAUGUAGAGCCGGCGCGUUUGGUUGACGUGGGUGGUAUAAUUGAUGAUCAUCCUACCAAGAUGUCCAUCAGGAUCCAUCCACACGAGACCCGUGAUGAGCUUGAACGUGCAAUUCGUGCUAACUUGAUGCACAGUCCGGAGUUUGAACGUAGUUUCCAUGACAACCCGAACCACAUCAAUGACAUCUCCACAUUAAUCAUUAACGACCACGGCAAUCCUUACACUGACGACGAUUUCAAGAACCAUGACAUUUACAACAACAUUCGCAAGGUCCGUAUUGGUAUUUCUGACCACCCGUUGACACUCACAUGGCGUGACCCAGUAACAGGCAAGGAGACUGCAUUCUGUUUUACCCGUAAAGGUGACAAGGGUUGCAGUGGUAUCCCGGUUAACAUUUUGUCCAAUCUCACCAUCCAGCAACUGACUGACAUCCUUAAGAAUAACAUGAGUGUGGACAACCGUGAGCUUUACCAAUCAAUUGAGAGCAUACCUCGCACCAAUCAUAAUCUGACCUCUAUGUUGAAAUUGGAUGGUAUAAAAUUGAUCACUGGCCAGUUCUUAUCUACUCCGGAGAUUCAGAUGAGUGACACUGUUGACAUGAUAGAGCAUCUUUAUGGUACAAAUCUAUCUCAUGUUGGAUCCUUAGUUUUCUCUUUGAUGACUAAGCAUGAGCAGCAGCGUUUGAACGCUCACCCUCAGGUUAUACGUCUGUCUAUGAACAAACAUGGUGAUGAACCCGAAUCACAUGUCAUGAGUACAGGUGAUUUAGGACCAUCCGAGCUGCGCUACGUCAUUAACAAGUAUUUCAGCGGUGUUGAUGAUGGUGAUCAGUUAGAUGGUAUGACUGUGAAUGGUGAGAAAUACGAUGGUCAGCCGUUAUCGUUUUUCUUGAACAAGAUGGAUGACAAGGACAAGCCACUCAAGGUUGAUUUCGGUGUUGCUAAUGAAGGUAAGCAUGGCAAGAUGCCCAAGCUUGAUAUGCGCAUCAAACCUAAGUACAACGAAACAUUGCGUUCAUACUUUGACCGUGCUUCUGAAGAGCCUGGAGAUUUCGGGUUGUCACCACUUCAUGCCUAUACCGUUGAAUGCUUAAAUGAUAAAGGCGAACGUAUUCAUGUGAACAACAUAUUGGACACCCCUGUUGGCGCUUUAGGCAUGUGCGCUGAGUUACGAGUUCACCCGAAAGAGAAAGGUAGAUCUCAGCAUCCUGGACAGGUAUUCGCUAUGGAACCUGAUAGCAACAUGGAGAUCCACACCUCCAUUACGUUGGAUGAAAACAAGGAUGGUCCCACCAAUUUGAACCGUCAGCUUCGUAACUUCUUAAUGGACCUUCCAGAAGAUGACCUUGAACACGUGACGAUUAUGAUCGAUGACAAGCCUGUGAAGUGCUCCAUUUCAUCUUUACGCGAUGCCUACUUUAUCCGCAAUUUGACCGUUGACAUGUUAUUAUCUAUAUGUAAUAUGGAUGCGCGCAAGGCUGAGCCCAGUGUCUUCAAGAUUCAGCUGGAACCCGGUACUGAAGGCGGCAAGGGUAAAGGAUCACGCAAAGGACACUUGGAUUACCCUGAGGGAACUCCUCUGUGUUACUUUACAUUGCACAAGGGCCCUAACAACGUAGGACUGUCUUCUAUCAUUCCGAUUACACUGGGUACUCUGAAGUCACCUCUGAAGGAAUUCAAUGCGAAGCUAGCUCAUAUGUUUGGUGAUACACUGUCCCACGUCAAUGGCUUACGCCUAUCUGUUGUUAAGAAUGGUGAACUCACUCCUUGCAACCGUAACGGUCGAAUCAAGAAUCUGGGUGACUUCCAGAAACUCGCUUUGCAACAUGUAUUCCAGAUGUGUGGCAUUCCAGUUGGUAUUCCUGAAGAUGACACUUUCUAUCAUUUCCGUGUGAACAUUCCUUUUGGUGAGAACAUUGUCCAUCCUUCCGGAGCUGGCAUGGGUGGCAGUAUCCCUGUGGAAAUGCUAUAUAAGGACGACGACGAGAUUUCUACUAUCCACUACAACGAGGAUUUGCGUACGCCUUUGCAGAACUUCUUGAUCAACCAACCUGAUAUGGAUCCUCAGCAUCUGGAUCGUUACUUACUUCGGAUCAAGGGUGACAACCCUGGAAGUGAGUCUGUGGAUCGCACUUACAACUUGAAUCACCUGCCAUCUCAUAUGACUCUUGCCAGUGUAUUCCCUCAUACCCCAAUGUCUAACAUCUCACUUCAGGUUGAGGAUACUGAGGACCCUUACAACUCCGCUGGUGGCUGGCGUACCGGUCUGUCCUACCCCGUUAACAGUUACCGUAACAACUUCGAUGAUAUUAAGGAACAGAUGAUUCUCAACCUUAAGGCUAUGCACGGCAACCAGUUGAACAAGCUCAAUGGAUACAACGUUAACGUGACUAUUAACGGCAAGAAACACCAGUGUAACAUCAAGAGCCUUCCCGAUCUUGAACGCAUGACAUUCGAGGAGUUUUCGCGUAAUUGUGUCAAUGUUGAUAACAUUCAGAACAAUCCUUCUAUGAACUUUAACGUUGGUUAUGAAAGCGGCCGUGGUGAUCCGGAGAUUAAUUUGAACUUUGUUUGCGGUGACUAUGACACUUACCAUGAACCCAACUUACGAAUCAAUGAUCCUAUACCCAAGCCUAUUCUCGAGAAGUUAACGAAGAAAUACAGCCCUAAGGGACUCCAGGAAGCGCAAUGGGGAAUUAUGAUCAAUGGAAUGCAGGGCAACUGUCACUUGGAUGACAUCAGAGAAAAUAUAUCCAUGGCUGACAUCCUCGAGUUGUGUGGUGUCGAUGACAUUCAUUCACGUCACUUUGACAUUACAUUACAUGACUAUUUCAUCAACCCAGUUUACGUUGCCAAGAUUGUGGCUGCAGAGAAUGACAAGGACAAGAAAGGUGGCAAGGGGGAGAACAUCAGCGCUAAUGGCGAUUUGAAGAUCAGGAUGAAUCUUGAUUCCGAUGAUGGAUUCAGUCCGUUGAUGACACCAAAUGUACACUAUCUUCAUGCUUCACCUGAAUUCGCUAACGUUCAUCCUAACGUUUUCCUUAACAUGCCUCAACAGUACAGUGGACCUAGUAUUAACAUGGACAACCGCAGGAGCCUUAACGACUACAUCCAUGAUAUAAUAGUGGAUGAGGACAAGGUCGAUCCUGGAAAGCCUAUUAACAUCCAGAUUAUUAGCAACGGUGAUGCCGAUGACAUUAACACUAUGCCCUUGGAUGAAUUAAAUUCUCCAACUGGAUACCUCAUGGGUAAUGUAUCCAUAAACGUACGUCCUGACCCAAGUGGAAGUCUACCUGGUACCAUUCGUACAUUCCAUCUGCCUGCAACAGACAAGCCUUUAUCGAACUACCUAUCGACAUUACGUUCACGUAUUCCUGACAUGGAGGACAAGCACUUCGUAUUGGUUGGUAAGAACUCUAUGUUGGACGAGGAUCAUAUUCCAUUACACAUUCUGAGCAAGCCGUUGAAAGAGUUGGGUGAAAUGGGCUAUAUAGUUUCCUUGGUCAACUCGCCUCAGGACAUGAAGCCAUCGGGUGCUGUUAAGGUUAAUAUCGUAUCGCGUGAUGGUUACAGUGGCAACUCUGUGAUCAAUGACAUUCAGGAACCACUUCGUGACGUCUUUGCUAAGAUGGGUGCUGAUGGUGUGGAUGUUAAAUCACUGGCUGGUGCCAAAUUCAAGGUGGUCAUUGAUGGCCUCGAAAAGACAUGCAGUUUACCCACUCUUGACCACCUUCUCACAUCGGUGUCGAUGCAGGAUAUUUUGACAACUUGUGGAAUCCAUGAUUUCAACCAUUGCCAUGACUUCACCUUGUAUUUCGAUAGUCUUCUUGGUGGUGACAAUGGGCCGCACCGCUCACCUGUCAAGCUAGAAGUGGAUCUUGAUAACAAGGUUGACAGCACCAAGAACGUUGACUUCUCUUCUGAUGUUGACCUCAGUGGAGGUGCUCUUGACUUCCUAAAGAGCAAGCCUAACAGUCACAUAUUCUUCGAGAUGGAAGGCAAGGGCUUCCGCGAAUUUAUUGAGGUUGACACUGAGAAGUUCCGUCAGCUUCUGAAGGCUCAUCCAAGCGUUGUUGACCUACUACUUCGUAUGGGUAUUCCUCAAGAACACCUCGGUGGCGUUGAUUGUUUGAAGAUUAUCCUUUCCACAUUGUCCCAGGUACUACAAGGCCAUCAGCAAUUUAGCGUUAACAACAGCGGUACCAAGGCGACCUUUAACCCUGACGAGCCGUUAAGCACUCACAAGUCGAUAAUGGACGUAUCGGCUGUUCUCAAGGAUCACCCUGACCAGGAUGUUAAUGUCUCUGUUGAAUUGGCCAAUGGCAAUACAAAGAGUUUUACAAUCCCCAACCGUGAAUUCCUUCAUGCAUUGAAUGGUGGUCUAAGUUUCAAGAACGUUGCUCUUUGGGGCUUAUCGCAGGCUGAGGCUGACCAGAUUACGGACAUUAACUUCAACACUGCACCUAUAGGCGGUGUGCCUGAGGAUAUUACUCUGGAAGGCUCAAAUAAUGAUGACAUGGAAGUACCUUCUGAGAGCCAGAAGGCUGGUUCCACGGACAAGAAGAAUGCUCACCAGAAACGUAGGGAUUCGACAUCUUCUGAAUCAUCUGACACUGAAAGCACGACAAGUACGGAAUCUAGUACAUCGAGUCAAAGUUCGCCCAGUGAAGCGCGCAAGUCAAUGAACGCAGGUGUAAUUACCCCUGAUACACUUCUAAGGGAUGUGCCUAUUAUUUCUAAAGCUAUAAAGGACCACAAGCACAACGUGAAGUUCAUUGUGGGUCUAAAUGACGGUAGUGAUCCUUUGGAGUUGCUCGUUAAGGGUACUAUGCUAAAGGGUGAUAACUUUAAGACUGCCAAGAUUUCGGAUAUGUUGGGUUUCUUCCUGCCGCGUGAUCAGCUGUCAAGCAUCGCAUCUAUUUCUGUUCAACUAGUUAAUGAUAGUCAUCGUUUCUUCGUUCCACUGGCAGAACACAACCCUAUUAUAUUACCAAUUAUGGCUGCUGACCACCCACAGAACUGCAAGAUCCAGGAAUUCAAGAAUGCUUGGAAUCCUCAGGAGACAGAGUACCGCCAACUGACUCUGCAGAAGGCUAUGCAGGAAUACGGCAGGAAAUACAAGAUAUCUAAGAACGUCCCGCCAAGGGCCGCGUAUCUUUUACGUAAGGAGCCUGGUAACAACUUAUUGGCGGAGAUAUUGUUUGACGAGGAGCAUCCGGCGGAUGAACGUGUCCUUAACAUGAAUAUCGGCAAGCCCAUUUCUAAUGGCAGUACAUUAUUCCUUCGUUACAAGUCAACUGGUGAGCUCGUUAUGUAAGCUUAACAUUAGCGAACGCUGGUUGAAAUGUUGCUUGAACCGGUAUAAUAUAAUUUUAGCACUUAAAAUUCAUUUAUCGUCUUGCGUAGUGUAAUGUGUAUUGAGUUGCCAUC